AUGGAUCAUACCGGUCGAAAAGUCGAGUGCAAACCCGUUGUCACUGAUGAGAAAAGAAGCCCGGUAAGUCUUCCUACCCUAUCUUAUCCUACCCUACCCUACCCUACCCUACCCUACCCUACCCUACCCUACCCUACCCUACCCUACCUUACCCUACCCUACCCUACCAUGCCAUACUAUACUCUGCCUUAAAUGAAGCGUUAGCCCUAGCCUUGCGAUGCUCUCCCUGCCCUAGCUUACCCUAGCUUUAACCAUAGUCUUAACCCAGGCAUUAUCUGUUACUGUAGCAGUAGCUGUAGCCUUGGCGCUGACCUUAACUCCGGCUUUGCCCCUGGCCUUAACCCUGAAACUAGUCUUACCCUGCCAUGACCUAUCCCUAAGUUUUAUAAUUCUAGCCCUACCCUGCCAUGCCCUAGCUUGCCUUUCCUCUGUUAUGCCCUGCCCUACCUUAUUAUACUUUACCAUGCCCUGCCCUAUCUUAUUAUACUUUACCAUGCCUUGCCAUACCUUAUUAUACUUUACCAUGCCCUGCCCUACCUUUUUAUACUUUACCAUGCCCUGCCCUACCUUAUUAUACUUUACCAUGCCCUACUCUGCUCUGUCCUAACAAAAUCUUCACCUUCAGAUCUACUUCCAACUAAAAAAUGAGUACGGUACGACAAUGCAGCGUACGAUAACCGAGUACGAGAUACUCUAUGACAAGUUGAAGACCGUGUUACCAUCAGAUUUUGAAAAACCGCCAAAGAAAAAGACUUUCUUUCCAUCGACCAAGCGACUGGCAGAGGAUCGACGGGUUUGGAUUCAGAAAUUAGUCAAUUACUGUGUUAAGAACUUGAAAGCAAGAAAAGAGGUACAAGACUUUUUGGAUCCAUUGGGAGUGGCUGAAGACGAAGAUAAUGUUAACCUUGGUCCUUCUGAACGCAAAACGUAAGAAUAAUAUGGAAAUUUGUCAUUUUAUGCAUUGUAAAGAAAGUUCUUGUCAUUUUUUGUUUUGUAAAGAAAGUUCUUGCAAUUUUACGUGUUGUAAACAAAGUUUCUGCCAUCCUUUGUUUUGUAAACAAAAUUCUUGCCAUUUUCUGUUUUGUAAAGAAAGUUUUUUCAAAAUCCCAAAAAUUAACAUAAAUGCCAUUUUCUAUCAUUGUAAACAAAGUUAUUGCCAAACCUUUAAAUUCUGCACCGUGCAGAGCCAUUUGUCUUCUUCGCACAGUGCGAAAGCGCGAUCUCGUCCGAUCUGGCAAGUUAAGCAACGGUGCGUUUGAUUAUAAAAAGUUCGAGAAACAGUAGGUGGAAACACAGUUUUUGACAAUUUUUGACAUACCUAAUAUAAAGUUUGUCAUUUUUUGAUUUGUAAGAAAAGUUUUUGGCAUUUUAUGUUUUGUAAAAAAAGUUCUUGCCAUUUUUUGUUUUGUAAAAAAAGUUUUUGCGUUUUCAACCUAUAUUUCUUCUAGAAUCGCACCCAACCACUUUGAGUACCUAAAGACGAUUGGCAAAGGCAGUUUCGGCCGCGUGUUCAUGGUACGCUACCGAAUGGACGGCCAAAUCUACGCGAUGAAAGUAUUGGGGAAACAGCGGAUUCUGAAACGGAACGAGGCCAAGCACGUUAUGGCUGAGAGGAAUGUGCUCAAGUCCAACAUUAACCAUCCUUUCCUGGUCUACCUUCACUACAGUUUCCAGACCAAAGACAAGCUCUACUUCGUGCUGGACUUUCUGAAUGGCGGUGAAUUGUUCUUUCAUCUCCAGAAGGAUCGGCAUUUCAGUGAGAAUCGAGCACGGUUCUACGCCGCCGAAAUUGCUAGUGCUAUUGGGUAUCUGCACUCGAGGAACAUCAUUUACCGGUCGGUUUUUGGGAUUUUUUUUUAGUUUUUGGGCUUUGUAAAGAAAAUUUUAGCCAAUAUUUUUAGUGUAAAGAAAGUUCUUGCCAUUUUUUGUUUUGUAAAGAAAGUUCUUGCCAUUUUUUGUUUUGUAAAGUAAGUUCUUGCUAUUUCUUGCUUUGUAAAGAAAGUGUUUGUCAUUUUCUAUUUUGUAGAGAAAAUUCUUGCCUAUUUAUGUUUUGUAAAAAAAGUUUUUGCCAUUUUUCUUUUGUAAAAAAAGUUCUUGCCAUUUUCAUGUUUUGUAAAGAAAGUUAUCGCAAUUUUAAAAUUUUUUAAAGAAAGUUGUUGCGUUACAUCAAAAAUAAACUUUUUAGUCUUUGGAAACAAAGUUUUUGCUAUAAAUUCAAGUAUUUCGUAUAAUAAGCACCAUUCUUCGUAUAACUUGUCAUCCGCAGCCUGCACGCCUUUCAUAGCUUGUAAAAGUGCAUUUUUUGGGUUUGUAAAGAAAGUCCUUGCCAUUUUUUGUUUUGUAAAGAAAGUUUUUUCUGAAUUUUCCUGUUUCAGGGACCUAAAGCCAGAAAACUUGAUUCUGGACAGAUUUGGUCAUGUUGUUAUCACUGAUUUUGGACUUUGUAAAGAAGGAAUUAAAGCUACAGAUCUAACACAAACCUUCUGUGGCACUCCAGAAUACUUGGCACCAGAAAUCAUUCAGAAGAAACCCUAUGGAUUAUCAGUGGAUUGGUGGUGUCUGGGGGCAGUUCUGUAUGAAUUCAUGUUCUCUUUGGUGAGUUUGGUACAGUAGCCAACCGUAUUCUACUCUACCGUACCCUACCUUACUCUACCCUACCUUAACCUACCCUACCUUACCCUAUAAUAUAUAAUUCACCCUCAUAAAACCUCAUUUUCAGCCCCCAUUCUACUCGAAAGAUCACCGUGAGAUGUACGAGAAGAUCCUGUACAAACCCCUCUCUAUACCAGCCACCGCCUCCUCUACCACAAAACAAGUCUUGCAAGACUUUUUGACCAAAGACCGGACCCAACGUCUUGGAGCCAAAAACGACUUGGAGGAAAUCAAACAACACCCCUUCUUUGCCACUAUUGAUUGGGACAAGUUGCUGAAAAGAGAAGUCAAACCACCAUUUGUACCUAAAGUUAAGAACGAAACUGACACGAACUAUAUUGCACAAGAGUUCACUGAAAUCCAACCCAAUGCUGGUAGGGUGUUUUUAGGAUUAUACGAUAAAGAAUGGCACAUAGUCUUUUGAUUUUAUGCUUAAUUUAAGUUUUUUAGUACUAAAAUUCAAUUUUUUUAAAUUUCAAAAAAUUUAAAUUUUAAAAUAAAAAAAUAUCAUAAAAAUACAAAUUUCAGCAUCUCUGGCCCCAAACACAAUGAUAAAAGGCCAGGAUACAGAGUUCUUUGACUUUACUUAUCAACCAAACAAGUUCGUCAUGGAUCGAAAUGACUGA